UCAGUUAGUAGCGACUGCCGCUAUCCGAUUCCGACUCCUGGUCUUGUCGUACUUUGCAACAAUCUCUACGGCUAGAAAAGCGGGAACAUUUCCAUCAUGUCACAGUACUAUGGCGAGUCGCAAUGGGGAGCUGGUGCUGGUUCUGGCGUUGGUGUUGGUGCUGGUCAGCCCAGCUGGGACCACCAGACCCCUCCCCCAGCGCGCUCUGGCGCAAGCUCGGUGCAUCCCCGCGAGCGCGAAGAGCCCACCGCUUUCUCUCAACAAUUGGAGGAGGUCGAACGUGCAAUAGACAACCUCGUCAAGAGCGGAAAGAUGUUUGGUGGCAAUGGACCGCGUCACGGCCGAGGAUCCUCGGGAACUGGCUCGCAGUACGGCGGUGAUGCGCGGAGCGACCGCUCAAGCCAUGGUCAGGGUCAUGGGCAGGGUCAGGGUCAAAGUCAGGGUCAGAGUCACAACCACGGCCAUGGCCACGGCCCCGGCUUGCAGAACUUCUACGCCUCUCAACGACACCAGUCCUCGCGCGGAUCCAACGAGGCGGAACAGAUGAUGCAGGCAAAACGGAGAAUGGCAGCCCAGCGAGAGCGAGAGCUGCGAAACUACCAUCAGGAGCAGCAAUACAAUAGAACUGUCCUUGCUGAGAUACCCUACCCCGGUAAGCCCGCAGAGCGCACCAUCAGUCCCAACAGCAACCCCAACAACAACCCCAACAACAACAGCAACAGCAACAGCAACAGCAACAACAAUAACAAUAACAAUAACCUGUCUGAAGACGAACGUCGAGACUUGAUUGCGCGUCAGCGAAGCGCACUCUACGGAGAGGGCUCUUUUGGUGAGAACGGGGGCUAUGUGGACGAGACAGGUACCGUGCGACCAGGUGCCCCAGGACUAUCAACUGGACCCUCUAGUCACCGCGGCCCUUCGCCACUGGCUUACGACUAUAGCCGACGUGCUCCCGAAGGCGUUGCUGCCGGCGAGGGCCCUGGUUCGCGCAAUGCCAGCCCCCAAUCGAAUCCUUCCAAUAGCAGAGGGCCGUUUGACAACACGAUGCACCAAGCCAACCGGACAAGCAACUCUUCCCCGGGCGGAUCACCUCCUCGUCAAGGCGUUCUCGGACAGGCUGGCAACACAGUGGCACCCAUAGGAACCCGCCCGUCGGUUUCCCAGGCUCAGAAUCCUGCUCUGAACAAGCGUUCCACCACGCCACUCCCGUCCCCUUUGAGUCAAGGUUUCAGCGCUUCUGGUAACGAGAAUGGCCAGAACGGCUCGGCUUCGGGCGGCCCAUCCAACCCGUCUAGUGCCGCUCCCGACGGCUAUAAUGGCUGGAGCGGUCGGUCAGGGAGUGUUUGGGGCAAACAAUCAUCUGGUUUGGGAGUUCAGGCAAGCGUUUGGGGUUAGGAUUCACCACGACGCGCUAGUAAUUCGACGCAGAUGGGGUCUGUCGGUUUCCUAGGGGCACAGCUUGAGCGAUUCCAGCAUCAGCACACGGUGUUUUUGGC